AGUUAAGGGGUUCCCUUCUUUAACCUCGCUUCUCGUUCGAACAUUUCAUCCUAUACAAGCAGCAAGCAGCCAUCAACUACAAAUAUGUGACCAUCGCCGUUUCCAGCAACUUACGAGCUAUUGCGCUCCCAGCACUUUGCGAGCCAUCACGAAAUCAACAAAGAGAAAUCUCAUAGCAGCCUUAUUCAUUUAGGUUCCUAAGCAAUUUCUUAGAGCUGGACAUGUUAUGGUGUGAGCAAUUUUCUGGAGCAACUGCAGUAGGAGUUCCAAUCUAAGCGGAUGGAUGAUCUGGUAAAGCUUAUUUGGGGUUGUUGGACCAUUUGGAGCGAGAGAAAUCAGAGAGUUUGGAAGGACAAUUCGAUGAUGCCACAACAGUUCAUGUACAAGGCAGAGAAUCUGGUGGUCAGUUGGGCUCAAGCUCAGUCAACUAGGUGCAUUGGGAGGCAUUCGGGACUGUCAUCUGCUACAUUUUGGAGACAGCCAACUGUGGGGAAGAUGAAGUUGAACAUAGAUGCUGCUGUCCGGGGUUUCAAAUGUCACCUUGGUUGGUGCGUACGAGACGAUGGAGGGGGUUUGUAGGGGGCUGCGCUGCCAAGUCUGGGGAACUUCUCUUCUUGGGGAGCUGAAAUAUGAUAUUGAUGGUGGCGGAUAUUAGAGACUUGGCGACGAGUUGCCCUGCAUCCGAUUGAUAUUGAGGUUGAAUAUGAUGCAUCCUGGGCUAUUUCUGAAAUACUAAAUGCAUCAAGUUGCUCCUACAUCGGAUUGUUGGCCGAUGAUAUUAGGGACUUGGCGAAGAGUUUCUCUAGCAUUUCUUUCGCUCAUAUUAGGCGAUCAGCGAAUAAUACAACUCAUGUUUUAGCUACAAAUAUACAUUAAAUGAUGAAUUUACAAGAUGAAAUUGCUAAUAGAUUAGUAGAAAAUGCUUAAAUUUAAUAUGUUGUCCUAAUAUUUUUGAAUUUAUAUUGUUGUAUUUUAUCAUUUUAUGAGCUCAUUUGCUCAGUAAAUUAUCAUUAUUGUAACAAAUUUUAUGUAUUGCAAUACCAUUUAGAACAGAUAAAGUAAACAGACAUGUAUGUUCAUUAUUUGUUACAGAUAGAAGGGUAAAGUGGUAACUUAAUAUCAUUCAGACUAUACAUUCAGCAUUCGUAGUAAACAGUUUGUUAUCCCAGUGUCAUUUAAUCCAGACAGAUGUCUUAAUACAGACAGACGUCUUAAUCCAUAUAGAACUUAAUGAAAAUAAAAGUAA